ACCGGUCCCAGUAUUGGAUCAAGGGGGAAAGCCAGCUGGAUGACGUUCACGGUUCAGAAAUCAGCAUCUCGCAAGAUCUCGUGAGCAGGAGAAGCGCAGCAAGCAGGCUGAGGUAGGGCGCCUUGCAAAGAUGGCAGGGCAAAAGGACGCCAGCCAAGCUGUUUUGCUCUCCUUUUUAAAGAUUGCUCAUCGUAAGCUGGCGCUGAGCUGACAGGGUCAUCAAUUGUGCGAGCUGUGGUCGCGGCUCAACCCAGAUAGUGGGGAUGGCCAGGAUCAACAUGCAGAAUGCUAGACGCCCUCAAUGGCUCUGGGCGUUCUCACGGUUGGGGGCCCUCCUGCUCUUGGUACUCAUCCUUAAGCUGACAGAGCUGCGCCCAGGGGGGUCACCUUCGACUGAGCCCCAAACUAGAAUCCUCGGUCGGGUACUCUUGCAGAUUCCUGCCCCUGGAGACAAACCCCAAACCACCUCACUUCUAGAUCAGAUUACCUUGCAGAAUUUGCAGCAAGAAACAAACGCUGGAAACAACAGCAGCGACCCUGGAGAAGACGCGCCGUGCUCGGGCGUGUGGGAGCACGAGGGCUAUCCCGACAUGUGCAGCUUCGUAAAAGCGCGCCCGAGCUGCCAGUCGGGGACGUUCAUCGAGUACCUGAAUAUCCACUUUUGUUACUUCAAGCACGCGCAGCUCCUGUCGUACGGGGUCCUGGCGCUGUGGCUGGUUAUUCUGUUCUAUACGCUGGGCAACACCGCGGCGGACUACUUCUGCCCAAGCCUGCAGCACCUGGCGGAGCUCCUCCACCUGCCCCCGACUGUUGCGGGCGUCACGCUGCUGCCCCUUGGGAACGGCGCCCCCGAUGUGUUUGCCAGUAUUGCGGCGUUUGUUGGGGCGGGCCAGGGACAGGUUGGGCUCAACAGCGUGAUUGGCGCGGGCAGCUUUGUGACGAGCGUCGUGGUCGGAACGGUGGCCCUUGUCGCGGUGUCAAGCUCCGAGGUGCAGCUGCAGCAAUCGGUCUUCUUCCGCGACGUUGGUUUCUACCUCGUGGCCAUCGUGGCGCUGUCCGCGAUCCUGCUUCGAGGCGAGGUCACCUUCUCCGGCGCGGUCGCCUUCUUCUCCAUCUACAUCUGCUACGGCGUCUACGUCGCCGGCUCCGCGUGGCUCGCCCAGUCCGGCGCCGCCCGAAAGUGGACCUUGCUCCGUCCGGUGGCGUCCGAAAAUGUCUCCGAGCACGCGGGACUAGACUGGGACGAGGACGAAGACGGGCUCAUCGGCGGGGGGGGCGGUGCGUACCGGUCGCUCGACCCGGGGGACUCGGAAGCCGACGUCGGGGAGAACCAGGAGCUGAGUUUCGGGUUCAACGCCGCCGGGACCGCGCUCCCGCAGUGGAUGUGGACGAGCCACGUGGCGAUCUACGGGAUGCACACCGAGGUCCCCGGGGGGCGCAGCGGGCGGCCGCUGUGGGGCUGGGACGAGGAGGAGGAGUGGCCGCGGUUUUUCUCGCUCCAGGGGAUGAGAACCUACCUGCUGGAGGGGCCCCUGCUGCUGCCGCGGCGGGUGACGAUCCCGUUCAUCGAGCCCGACGGCUGGUCGAAGACCACGGCCGUCGCGAGCGUCGUGGGCGCUCCUUUUGUGCUCGCUCUAGUUUUCGUUGGAGGGGGGAGCUGGUGGACCUGGGCUGUGGCGGGGGGGUGCGGUUUGCUCCUGGGGGGGCUGGCACUGGUAACGACGAAUGCGGAGCACCCCCCCAGGACGAGAUGGGUCGCCACGCUGUGGUGCUCGGGGGGUUUCGUGAUGAGCGUUGCGUGGUUCUAUCUCGUCGCGAACGAGCUGGUUGCGGUGUUGAUCGCGCUUGGCGUGAUUGCGGGGAUUGACCCCGCAGUUUUGGGGCUGACGGUGCUCGCCUGGGGAAACUCGGUUGGGGAUCUGGUUGCGAACACGACGAUCGCAGCACAGGGGGGGGCGCAGAUGGCCGUGGCAGGGUGUUAUGCAGGGCCCAUGUUUAACAUGCUAGUGGGCACCGGAAUGUCACUUGUGCUUGCCAGCUGGCAGAUCCGGCCCGCGCCGUUCCACAUACCGAAAGAUAUUUCGCUCUUUGUGACGCUCGCGUUUUUGGCUGCUGGGCUGCUGUUCUCCUUAGUGUACGUGCCGCUCAGGGAUUUCAGGUUGACGAGGACGUUGGGCAUUGUUCUCAUUGGGCUGUACAGUACGUUCAUGAUCCUCAGAUUAGCUAUGCUUUUUGGACUGAUAUAGUUAGUCAGUAACACUUCUUAGUGGCAAUCCAAGUUAGACAGCAGACUGUGAGUCAAUCAAGCUGGUUUCUAAGCUUGAAGCCAGGGCCUUAUGUGCACGCGUUUACGGAACUACAGAAGCAGCCCGGCCGCACACCAAGAUAUUGUUUGGCGUCGUAUUUGACGAUCCAUGAUUUUUCUAGAGAUACAUGCAAUUUUCAACUAAAUAUAUACGUUUAGCCUAGCUCAUAUACGAGACAACGCGAA